AUCCGGAUAUUACUGUCGCUACUUCUAAAAAACCUGAAUUAACAGCGCUACCGCCACACAACGAAUGUGGAAAGGUUUCAUUGAAGAAAACCGUGUUGUUUAGGAUACUUUCUGUUCGUCAAUAGAAACUUGAGCGUUACGUGACAGAUCAUAAAUUGGAUUAACGCUGGGUAAAAACCACCACUGAAGGUAGUUUAGCAAGAAGCUAGUUAGCUAAACGCAGGGAAGCAAGUCCUCCUGAAGUUUAGCGUUACAUUAAGGAGACGGUGUCAUGUGGAUUUGGCUUAGCUGUACAACCAAAAACUAAAUGUAACAAAUGCUGACAGUUCUGUUUGUAGUCUAGAUAAUCUUUACGUUGUUGGUGCGUGUCUGCCUACGGUACAGACAGCUAACGUGUCAACCAGGUCCGGUCCAAAGUCAUUCGGUUAACAACAUGGACAGUUACAGUCAGAGGUCUGACUUCACGACUGGCCGAGAGGGUAAACCUCAAAAGAAGAAUGGCUCUUCCUCAUACUACGACGAAAAAGAUCGCAAGCCUAAGUUUCUGGACAGAUUUGCCAGUAUCCGGAUUCCUGGCAGUAAAAAGGAGCGGCCACCCUUAUCACAUACUAAACACAAUUCCAGUGACUGGUCCAUUUCUUCAUCAUCCUCGUCAUAUCAGCUUGAGGAGCUUUCAUCCAAGAUUACUUCUGAAAAGGAGAUUUUAGCUCUUUUUGAGAAGAUGAUGGAGGACAUGAACUUGAAUGAAGACAAAAAGACUCCUUUGAGAGACAAGGACCUGAACACAAAAAGAGAAAUGGUCAUUCAAUAUAUUUUUACUGCCUCCAAAACCGGUAGCUUGAGGAGCAGCCAUCAGAUAUCUCCUCAGGAAUUUCUGGGUGAGCUGAAAUCAGGGGUGAUGGACGAACGUCUGUUUGCUUGUUUGGACUCACUGCGAGUGUCUCUCACCAGCAAUCCUGUCAGUUGGGUGCAGAGCUUUGGCCAUGAAGGUCUUGGACUGCUGUUGGACAUUUUGGAGAGGUUACUUGCAAAGAAACAGCAGGAGAAGAUUGACAAAAAGAACCAACAUAAAGUCGUCCAGUGUCUCAAAGCCUUCAUGAACAAUAAGUAUGGCUUGGAUCGAAUCCUGGGGGAGGAGAGAAGUCUUGCCUUACUGGCAAGAGCUAUUGAUCCCAUCCAGUCUGCCAUGAUGACUGAUGUGGUAAAGUUGCUGUCGGCCAUCUGUAUAGUUGGCGAAGAGAACACUUUAGAGAAGGUCCUUGAAGCUAUCACCACAGCAGGGGAAUGGCGAGCCAUUGAGAGGUUUAGUCCCAUUGUGCAGGGACUGCGGGAUCGCUCGGUUCAAUUACAAGUGGCAUGCAUGCAACUCAUCAAUGCAUUAGUAACAUCUCCAGAUGAGUUGGACUUCAGGCUGCACAUUAGAAAUGAAUUUAUACGCUGUGGCCUGAAAGAGAUAUUGCCGCAACUCACAACAAUCAGGAAUGAAGCCCUUGACAUUCAGCUGAAAGUAUUUGAGGAGCACAAAGAAGAAGACAUGAUAGAGUUUUCUCAUAGGCUGGAGGACAUCAGGAGCGAGUUGGAUGAUGCAGGGGAUGUGUUCAGUAUUGUGCACAGUAUGGUGAAGGACAGCAGUGCAGAGCCCUAUUUUCUCUCCAUACUGCAGCAUCUGAUGCUUAUACGCAAUGACUACUUGGUCAGGCCUCAGUACUUUAAGAUAAUUGAGGAGUGUGUGUCUCAAAUCGUGCUCCAUCGCAGUGGUACUGACCCGGACUUUGGUUACCGCAAACGUCUAGAUGUUGACUUCAGCCACCUCUUAGAGGUUUGUGUAGAUAAAGCGCGAAUUGAUGAGUAUGAGCAAAGAGCAUCUGAGCUGGCACAGAAGUUUGAUGAGGAGUUUUUAAGCAAACAGGAGGCCCAAGCUCAGUUGGUUAAGUGUGAAGAGAAAAUUUCAGAACUCCAAGCAGAGCUUCAGGCCUUUAGGUCACAGUUCGGUGCUGUACCUGUGGGUCUGCCUUCUGGCCAUUCUGUUCAGCCAUCACCUUCCUCAACACUUGUGUCUGGGCCUCCAGCCUCUGCCUCAGCACCGGGGGUGGUAGCACCCCCUCCACCACCUCCCCCACCUCCCUUACCUGGCUGUCCUGCCCCUCCCCCUCCACCCGGAGUGCCUCCUCCAUUCGGUGCCCCUCCUCCACCCCCACUGGGGUUUGGCGGUGCUCUAGGCUCCCCUACCCAUCAUGCACUGCCUUAUGGACUAAAGCCUAAGAAGGAAUUCAAGCCUGAAACAUCCAUGAAGCGCCUGAACUGGUCCAAGAUCCGACCCCAGGAGAUGUCGGAGAACAGUUUCUGGGUGCUGGUUGACGAAGACCAAUAUGCAAAACCAGAAUUGCUCAGCAGAGUUGCAGUCACUUUUGGUUCACAAAGAACAGAAAAUAAAGACUGUGAGGAGAGUGCACCUACGGAGGAGCCACCCAAACCAGAAGAGGAGAAUCUCGAGGAUAAAAAAUCCAUAAAGAAGAGGAUCAAAGAACUUAAGGUUCUUGAUCCCAAGAUUGCCCAGAAUCUAUCUAUAUUCCUGGGUUCAUUUCGCUUGCCUUAUCAUGAAAUUCGUCGGAUGAUAUUGGAGGUGGAUGAGGAACUACUCACUGAGCCUAUGAUCCAGAACCUUGUGAAGCACCUUCCAGAACAGGAGCAGCUGAACGCCUUGGCCAAGUAUGAAAAUGACUACGCAAACCUGUCAGAGCCUGAGCAGUUUGGAGUUGUGAUGAGCAGCGUGAAGCGACUGCACCCGCGCCUCAGCCACAUCCUUUUCCGACUGCAGUUCGAGGAGCAGGUCACCAACCUGCGUCCAGACAUCCUGGCCGUAAACACCGCUUGUGAUGAGGUCAGGAAGAGCCGCUCCUUUGGCCGACUGCUGGAGCUCGUGCUGCUGCUGGGAAAUUAUAUGAAUGCAGGCUCUCGAAAUGCCCAGUCAUACGGUUUUGACCUCAGCUCCCUCUGCAAGCUAAAGGACACAAAGUCAGCAGACCAAAAGACCACAUUACUCCACUUCCUGGCUCAAGUAUGCGAGGAGGACUUUCCAGAUGUGAUUAAGUUUGUUGACGACCUUGAGCAUGUGGACCGAGCUAGCAGAGUGUCUGCAGAGAAUCUGGAAAAGAGCCUCCGGCAGAUGGAGCGGCAGCUGCUACAGCUGGAGAGAGACCUGGAGACUUUCUCCUCCCCUGAUGACCCCAACGACAUGUUCUUCACUAAAAUGGCUAGCUUUAGCAAGGUUGCGCGGGAGCAGUAUGCCAAGCUGGUGAUCAUGCACAGCAACAUGGAGACGCUGUAUCAAAAUGUGCUGGAGUACUUUGCUGUUGACCCAAAGAAAACUUCGGUGGAGGAGCUGUUCACCGAUCUGAGCAACUUCCGUUCUAUGUUUGCUCAAGCACUGAAGGAGAACCUGAGGCGGAGGGAGUCGGAGGAGAAACAGAGGAGAGCACGGGCGGCGAAGGAGAAGGCUGAACGUGAAAAGCAAGAGCGACAGCAGAAGAAGAGGAGGCUGCUGGAAGUCAAUGCAGAGAAUGAUGAGACAGGUGUGAUGGAUAGUUUGCUGGAAGCCCUACAGUCAGGCGCUGCAUUCAGAGACCGCAGAAAGAGAGCACCAAGACCCAGAGAAAACCAGCAGAUGACCAUCAGCCCCAGCUCUUACCGACAGGUUCUCAGACCUGUUGCCCAUGAAAACAAGGCACCUUUGCAAAGGUCUCGCUCCCGGCAGAAUAUAAAUGUGGGUUCAGAGGCGGUGAAAGCUCCUCCCGUCAAGGAGGCUCAUAACGAGUCUGAGGGCCAUCCAUCUGGGGGCCGGGCCAAGGCCGCGGCGUGUUUGGAGUCAGGCCGCAGGUACAAGAACACCUCCGGUCAUUGUUAUGGACCAGACAGGGAGCGGCUGGUGGAGAGAGAAACCGUUAGAGCCUUUCAGAAAGAGAGAGAAGGUGAAGGAGCCCCUCCAACCUCCCAGAUGUCCUCCACCAACGGAGAGUCAGAUGUCGAGGCUCUUUUGGCUAAACUCAGGGCUCUGUAAGACACACAAACGCACAUUCAAUGUGUGUUGCAGCCGCACGCACUGACUCAAACAGAUUCACACAAUUAAAUAAAAAUGCUGAAAAUUAUACUAAUUAGUCUUAAGCAAUAAUGAGACACAUAUUUUACUAAUUAACACAAUUCAAAAAACAAUAUAGAUUUUUUCAUGCUUUAAAAAAUUACAAAAAGGGAAUCCAUUUGUACACAUGAAGAAUGUAAUUUUGGGACCAAGCAUUUGGUGUUAAUGGUACUUUAACAGGUACUUGACCCAAAGAAUGUCCUCAGUAUUCACUGCGAAUAUCUUACAUUAUUAUACAAUAGUUUAGAGACACUGCCAAAAAUAUUUAACUAUUCUAUAUAUAUAUAUAUCUCUAAUUAUUGCAAUAUGAUGACAUUUUCUCUAAACUGCAGUGUUUGCGAGCACUUUGCAGUUCACAAGUAUGCAAUAUUAAUUAAAUGUAUUUGACCUUUCCUGUGUUAUUUCCUAUUACUUGUAGUAUUGAAAGCAUUUAUUUUACUCCUGUAUCAUGUUAUUGUGUCUCUUGUUGUAGUUUUUUUUUUUUUUUCUAUACUUUUUCUCAUUAUUUCAUAUCUGAUUUCCAUCCUUCAUUUUCUUCUUUCUAUUGUCUUUGGGGGUUUUCUAUUAAAUAUGUUACCUGCAUUCCAUAAAAUAUAUCUAUAUCUAUAUAUAUAUUUACAGUUAUUUACAUAUUCAAAGUUAUUAGAGUUAUGCUGUGUGAUAUUUGACAUUUACAGGUUUAUAACCAUAUUUUGACGAGUUGAUUUUGAAAGUCCUAGACUGUAUUUCGUCUGUUUAACAGAAAAAAUGCAGUGAUGACAAAAAGAGGACAGCGUUGAACAAUGUUACCGUCCAGAUCGAUGUUAACAACAUUGAUGCCCUUUAUAGAGUCUACUUGUAUUUUUUUUUUCUUUUCUGUACUUGUAUCGAUCACUUUUAUAGACACAUUUACAAUAAAAUGAGGCAAAAUUGA